UUUCCCGCGCAAACGAGCGCUAUCAAGACAGUGGGCGCCAAAAUACGUGACAUCCGACAUCAUUUGCUGUUCGGCAACGGUAGCCAGAGGUUGCUUUUGUGAUUAGUCUUUCUGUCCGUGUAGAAUCAAUCUCGAAAUAUGUCCGGACGUGGUAAAGGAGGCAAGACCAAGGGAAAGGCGAAGACUCGCAGCAGCAGGGCUGGGCUCCAAUUUCCCGUAGGUCGUAUUCACCGGCUCCUGAGGAAAGGAAAUUACGCCGAACGCGUCGGAGCCGGUGCUCCGGUUUACCUAGCUGCGGUCAUGGAAUAUUUGGCAGCCGAAGUUCUCGAGUUGGCUGGAAACGCUGCGAGAGACAACAAGAAGACGAGAAUAAUCCCGCGUCACCUUCAACUAGCCAUUCGUAAUGACGAAGAAUUGAACAAACUGCUUUCCGGAGUGACUAUUGCACAGGGUGGAGUUCUGCCCAACAUCCAGGCAGUUUUAUUGCCAAAAAAGACUGGAAGUAGCAGUGGAUCUGGCAAGGGAGACAAGGCCUCUCAAGAAUACUAAAUUAAGAUACUACAUUAGUGCCAGCGCAAACCUACAUUUCACUUUAUAAAACCCAACAAUUCAAUGCAACACAUUUUUUUAUGUUGAUUCAAAAUUCGCAAGAUCAGAUGUGUAAAAGCAGAGGAAAAGUUGCAAGUGGAAUCAGAUUUGUUUCUUUUUUUCAAUAUUGAAUAAGUGUUUGUUUGAUGCUUAUGUUUGAUGGCAUCCUCCGUUUUUCAACAUGUUUUUUAUAUUUAUGUAUUAAUUUCUGCCAUUGUAUUAUUUCUUGAAUUUUUUGUUUCAAUUUUGAUAAGCGAGUAGAUCAAAGGUGAUAAACAAUAAACGGCCUGCAGCCUUAUCAUAA